CCCACACCGGGUCAGCUGACAGGGGUGCCAAGCCGGUGCAGAGCAGCCUUCUCCCCCGCACCCCAGUUUGGCAAUGCACGCGCCCCGCUCAGAGCUGCUCCCCCCAUUGCAGCCCCACCGGAACUCUUAAAGGGCCAGGCGGGCUCCGGCUCUGCACCCGCAGCCGCUGCCGCGGGGCUCAGGUGCAUUGUGGGACAACAAAAGUUACUUUCAGUUCGGAGUGAGGAAGGGGAAAGAGAAGGGGGCCCGAGGGAGCUGCGCUGGCCCGGCCGGGUGCAAGGAUGCGGUGGGUGCCCCCCAGCCGCGGGGCUCGGUCUGGGCGCGAGGAGCGGCUAGACAGUGCAGCAGGCGGGGAAGGGUCGCUGGGGGGGGGGCGUGGGGAGCGGAUGCAAAGAGAGAAGUUGGUGCAGCUCGCCAGGUUGUGGCUGGGGGGCAGGGAGGGGGCGAUGCCCAUGCUGCCUUCAGCCCCGCUAGGCCCUGCCUUCCCCCUUGCAGUGGGAUGUGCCAACAGGUGCCCACAUGCCCAAGGGGACCAUACCCAUUAGCGGAGUCCUUGCCCUCUGGCAGAUGGAUUGGCUGUGUGGCCAGGCUUUGCAAGUUACUGCAAUAGGGGGUCUGGAGCCAGCAGCUCCCCAUGGCCCCAGCCAGCAAGCACUGAGCCAAUCUGGGCUAGGAGUCGCCUCCCCUCGGGGCUGGGACCCUCCGACUAGUGUCCUCUGCACACCUGGCGUGGGCCUAAGAUGCAGCCUGGGGCUGGCCCAGGGGAGGGGUUCGGAUUGGGGUCCAGGCUUCGCACAACUUGGGCGCUUUGCUAGCGAAGUGCCGUUAAACUCAACUGUUACCACUGGAAGGUUUUUCCUUCCUUUGGCGAUUUCUUGAGUUGACCUAGAAGCAUUUCUACAGAGGCCUGGGGACGUUAACAUAAACUCUUCAGUGCAAGAGGCCAAAGUGAGUCUGAUGGUUGGAGCUGGAAAUCCUGAGAGUCCAAUUUUUGGGUACUGACUCCUGGGACUUGGGAUCCCCAGGUUCAAUUCCUAGUUCUGUCAAAGACUUCCUGCAUGGCAUUGGGCAAGUCGCUUAGCUUCUCUGUGCCUCAGUUUUCCCAUCUGUAUAAUGGGAUGAAUUGCAUGUCUUUACAGCGGGGGGGAGGGGGGACAAACUGCAUUUAAAGAUGGUGAGGUGCUCACAUACUGUAGUAAUGGGGGCCAUAUAAGUAUCUUAGAGAGUAACUAGAGAGACAGGGUGGAUGAGGUCAUAUCUUUAAUUGGACCAACUAUAAGAUAAGAUAUGGUCUCCCCCACCUUGUCUCUCUAAUAUCCUGGGAGCCACACAGCUACCACUACGUGUAGAUAGCAAUCGGCAUAAUAGGACUUCACAAAUGAACUCUGAGUUUCUGAACUACACUGACUUGCUCAAGACUCAGCGCUGAGAGCAAGUGAUUUGGCCUGGAGAAGUGCACCAGCGGGUGUGCGAACAUAAAUCUCUGAUUUUUCCCAACCCUAAUCCCCUUUAACCCAGUGCCAGAACUCCUCUUGAUUUCAGUUGGCUCCAGAUUAUGCCCACAGACAGGCUCUGCAGAACAGAUCCACUUUAACUGUAUUUGCAGCACAUACCCUGCAAUCUCCAGCUGGGCUCCUGCUUUAAUAAGUUAUUAGUUACACGGGAUGUUUCAUUCUGGUUGAGCUCUUUAGAAGCCCGUUCCCCGGUAGGAAUGUUCAUACAUAGGCCUACAUCCAUCUCUGUAAAAGAUAUUUUGUCUGUUACAUAAGGAAAUAUUAAGGACUGGAAAGUAACAGCAGCUGUAUCCGGGAAAAACGAAAAAACCGUCACAAUCUCUCUGUGGAGGGCUCUGUAAGCACCAGAAGCCCCGCUAAGUGCCUGAAGGAACAUAACGAUGGACGAUAUCCCACCAGGAGAUCUGGACAAGGCUGCUGGUGGAGAUGAGACCAGCUCAGCGACAGUGCGUCUGCAUUUGUAUCCAGGCACUCAGGACGAUGCCAAUCCAGAUCUUGACCAAGGCCUUGCUGCACAAACCGCAGGUGUUUCCCUGAAGCACUCGACCACGCUGACAAACAGACAGAGAGGCAGCGAGGUAUCUGCCCUCCCAGCAACCCUUGACAGUACGUCACUGAAGCACUCGACCACCCUGACAAACAGACAGAGAGGCAACGAGAUCUCUGCCCUCCCAGCAACCCUCGACACUUUGUCCAUCCACCAGUUGGCGGCUCAGGGUGAACUCAGUCAGCUGAAAGAGUAUCUCCGAAAAGGGGAGAACUUGGUGAACAAGCCUGACGAGAGAGGCUUCACUCCUCUGAUCUGGGCCUCUGCCUUUGGGGAGAUUGAAACAGUCCGUCAUCUGCUAGACUGGGGCGCUGACCCCCAUGUACUGGCAAAGGAGCGGGAGAGCGCUUUGUCGCUGGCCAGCACCGGAGGAUACACUGACAUAGUGAUCAUGCUGCUGGAAAGAGACGUAGAUAUCAAUAUAUAUGACUGGAACGGAGGCACCCCGUUGCUGUAUGCUGUGCGUGGCAACCAUGUGAAGUGUGUCGAGGCUUUACUAGCUCGCGGUGCUGAUCUGACAACGGAAGCGGACUCUGGCUACACCCCUAUGGAUCUGGCUGUGGCUUUGGGACACAAGAAAGUUCAACAGGUUAUUGAGAACCACAUCCUCAAGCUGUUUCAGACCAAGAAACUGGAGUGACGCUGGCUCGCGCUCCCUGGCUGAAAGAACCAGGGCUUUGCUGUCUCCGUCAGCUCUCCGGAUGCUGCAUAGGAACAAGGUGGCCAGACACGCUGUCUCUUUCCAAGGGCUGACGCUCCUGCAGCAGAUCUGUGCUGCCACUGCCAAGCAGAUGUGGAGGGAGCUUUAGAAGCCGGGCUGGGAGGAAAUCCCUGAUGGAGGAGCUAUUUACUCUCCAAGCAGGUGGUAAAGGAGAAGCAUCCCACACACAGUGAGACACUGAAUUGUCCAGGUAGCUGCAUUUCUGCUGUGAACAAGACUGCAAGCCGCCUCCCUCUGCCCCCUCUGUGUGUGUAUUAAAUAUUGCCUAAAG